UGUAUGUAAACAAUACAGUUCUAUCCCUGUCAGCUCCUGCACACUGCUUUUGUAUGGCGGUGCAUAGCACAGCCAUACAAAGCAGUGUGCUUACAGUGAAGCGCACACACAGCACAUAAUCACAGAAUAAAACAGCACACAGUUAACCCUUUGAUCGCCCCACAUGUUAACCCCUUCCUGUCAUGUGCCAUUAGUAGUGUCAGUGCUUUUUUUUGCACUGAUCACUCUAUUGGUGUCACUGGGGAUGUCAGUGACACCAAGUCAGUUCCCCCCAUUGUCAGAAUGCCUGUCGCAGUCCCAC